CACUGCUCCCGGAGCGAGCAGCGCGGCGAUCGGCGGUGCGCUGAGUCCCUCGGACACAGCAGAUCACCGAUCCACAGAAAGAGCCGAAGAUGUCGGCUUGGUCAUGUGAUCAGCUUGUGUCUAAUCACAGCUGAUCACACUGAUCAUCAGAGCACUGAUGAUCAGUGUAGCCCCAGCAGUGCCACCUGUCAGUAUCCAUCAGUGCCAGCUGUCAGUGCUCAUCAGUGCCAUAUCAAUACCACAUAUCAGUGCCCAUCAGAGCUGCCUUUCAGUGCCACCCAUCAGUGCCAGUCAGUGCCGUCUAUCAGUGUUAGUGCCGCCUAUCAGUGCCAUAUAUCAGUGCUGCCUUUCAGUGCCCAUCAGUGAUGCAUGUCAAUGCCCAUCAGUGCCACCUUCCAGUGUCUCCUCAUCAGUGCCCAUCAGUGCCACCUAUCAGUGUCCAUCAGUGCAGCCUAUCAUUGCCCAUCACUGCAGCCUCAUUAGCGCACAUCAUUGA